GUGUGACUCCAGGAAUAUCAAGGCACUCAGGGCGUGAACGUUUGAGAAGAAGAACUCAGCUGAGGAAAUUCAGUAACCUUUUGACUUUUUUUUUUAGAUUUUGUGCAAACUCUCCUACACCACCAGCACCAAUCAUGAGCAAGAGCACGAACAGUAAAAUGAGUGAAAAGGAGAAAUGUGAAGCUCAGGAGAAAGUGUCAGAAAAGAGAGCUCCUCUUACAGAAGCAGCUCCUGGUGCUCCAGCAGGUGUGUUUCAGGCACCGGGGAAUCUUUACUCGGCCAUUCUGAGCCGCAACGAAGCCGUCAAAGAUGCCAAGAGACUGAAGGAGUUCCUGGAGCUCAGGGACAAAUACGUGCGCAAGAAGGUGCUGUUUAAAGAUCCUCUGUUCCCUGCGGACGACUCAUCUCUUUACUACAGUCAGAAGUUCCCUCUGAAUCUGGUGUGGAAGCGUCCCUCGGAAAUUUGUGACAAUCCACAGUUCAUUAUUGGAGGGGCAAACAGGACGGAUAUUUGCCAGGGAGACUUGGGCGAUUGCUGGCUCCUGGCUGCCAUUGCCUGUCUGACUCUGAAUGAAACCCUACGAUACAGAGUCGUUCCACCAGACCAGAGCUUCACUGAGAACUAUGCAGGCAUUUUCCAUUUCCAGUUCUGGCGCUAUGGUGAGUGGGUAGAUGUCCUUGUGGAUGAUCGACUUCCCACACACAAAAACCGUUUGGUGUUUACUCGGUCGACACAUAACAAUGAGUUCUGGAGCGCGCUUCUGGAGAAAGCUUAUGCCAAGCUGCAUGGCUCCUAUGAAGCUCUGAGAGGUGGUAACACAUUGGAGGCCAUGGAAGACUUCACCGGAGGUGUAACAGAAUACUAUGAGAUUACAGACGCACCCAAAGAAAUAUACAACAUCAUGAGAAAGGCUUUGGAAAGAGGUUCACUUAUGGGUUGCUCCAUAGAUGCUUUGGUACCGACUGCUAGUGAAACCAAAACUUCUACAGGUCUAAUGAGAGGCCAUGCUUACUCAGUUACUGGUGUUGAGCAGGGUAAACAGCAGGACGGCAGGGACACUCGUAUCCGUCUGGUCCGUGUCCGUGACCCGUGGGGAGUUGCUCCUCCACCAUCUUGCAAGUCUAAUGACUGGACAAAGCUUGUGACUUCUGAGCAAGAAAAACAGAAACUCCAGCCUGUUGGGCCAGGGGAGUUUUGGAUGUAUUUUGAAGAGUUCCAGAAAACCUUCACCAAGCUUGAGAUCUGUAAUCUGACCCCUGACGCACUGCAGGAUGACGAAUUGCUCAAAUGGACCGUAUCAGUGAACGAGGGCCGUUGGGUGAGAGGCUGCUCCGCUGGAGGCUGUAGGAAUUACCCAGACACCUUCUGGACAAACCCUCAGUAUCGGCUGCGUCUCACCGAGGAGGACGAUGAUGAACCGGAGUACGGGGAAAAGGGCUGCACCGUGGUGGUGGCGCUCAUGCAGAAGGGCAGGAGGAGAGAGAGCUACGCAGGAGCCACGCUGCACGCCAUUGGCUUCGCCAUCUACGAGGUUCCGAAGGAGAUGCACGGUAACAAGCAGCACCUUCCCAAAGACUUCUUCCUGUACAACGCUUCCAAAGCUCGCUGCAAAUCCUACAUCAACCUGCGGGAGGUGACGGAGCGUUUCUGUCUGAGCCCCGGAGAGUACGUCAUCGUCCCGUCCACCUUCGAACCUCACAAAGAGUCUGACUUCCUUCUGAGAGUUUUCUCUGAGAAGAAGAGCACAUCAGAGUUGAUGGGAGCAGUGAUCGAGGCUGAGCCGUAUUUGUUGGAAAAUGGCAAGAAGAAAAUUAAGCUCUUUCAGGAGGAAGAAGAGAGUGAGGAGGAGAAAGAGUUCAGAGCCAUUUUUCAGCAGAUUUCUGGAGAUGAUAUGCAGAUCAAUGCCAAAGAGCUGACGAUUGUCCUCAACAAAGCAGUGAGCAAACACAAACAGCUGAAAUCAGGAGGUUUCAGUCUGGAUAGCUGCAGAAGCAUGAUAGCGCUCAUGGAUACUGACGGAACAGGACGAUUAAACCUGCAAGAGUUCAAGCACUUGUGGAACAAGAUCAAUCAGUGGAAGACAAUCUUCACGCGCUAUGACACGGACAAAUCCGGCACCAUCAGCAGCUUUGAGAUGAGAAAUGCUGUUACCGAUGCAGGUUUUCAGCUCAACCCCCAGAUUCAUGAGAUCAUCGCAAUGCGAUACGCCAGCGAGCACUUGUAUUUGGAUUUCGACAGCUACAUUUGCAGUUUAGUGCGACUCGAGGGAAUGUUCAGAGCUUUCAAAGCCUUCGACAAGGAUGGAGAUGGUCUCAUCAAGCUCAAUGUCCUAGAGUGGCUUCAACUGACCAUGUACGCGUAGUGAGCAGAACAACUUCAUCACCUGGAUAAAACAUGAGAAUGUGGAUAUUUCCAUCUUCCACACACGUACAAGGACUGCGGAGCAAACACUAAUAAUCUAACACAACUUUUAUAGCAGAUGUUGCAAAUUCCCUGAAAAACAACGCUGAAAAAACGACAAACUUGUUUUUUUUUUUUUUUUUGCCAACAAGACUGUGAUGCAUUCUGUUUCAGUAAUGUGCUGCUUCAAUUUAUAACACACUUUGUGCGGUUAUAUUUUUCCCUCUUUUCAUUUCCAAUGAUUUAAUUAAUGAACGUGACUGCAAUAAAGGAUUUGUUAAUCUGA